AUGGCCCCUCCAAACAUAUCCUUCACUGUCAGUCUCGCCACUACAGAUAUUGCCGCCGCAGAGCGCUUCGGAACAGCUCUCGGCUUUGAAGUGAACGCAUGUUAUGACGCUAAGACAACCCUGCACCUCAAGCAUGGCGAUUCCUUCAGCAUCUUCUACGGCACCCAUUCCGUCUUUGGCAAAUUCCUCCCAUCCGGUCGCGAGAUCGCCUGCACCAAGACUUCGCACGAGACCAUUGUGACCCUCAUGGUUAACUCCAGGGAGGAAAUCGAACGGAUGCUUGCCAAACUCACAAACUCUAUCAUCCUCCUAAGAUUUGGUAUCGCCAGCGUGUAG